UCUGGGGCUGAUGCUCAGAUGAGAAUGCCCUCAGCCAAGCCCCCAUCCUCCAACAGCCGCGAUGUUCGAGAACUAUCAGGGAGAAAGGAAGCCACAGGGUUGAUGGGAAGGAUGAGGCGGACGUUGAAACGUGGGGGCACUAAGUCUCCAAAAGAAGAUCCUGCAGGCCAGGUAUUACCAGGAUAUCAGAAGAACCUAGGAAAUGGGGUCGUAGUAAAUCCAUCUGUUGGUCAUGGGUUAAGUGGAGACUUACAUGUACAACCAUCGUCAAGACUUGAUAAUGAUCCAGAUAGGACAUCACUGAAUGGGAGAACAAGCCAUUGUAUUUAUCAUAAUGGAUGCGAUAUCAGAAAUGGAAAUGAUGUGGAAAGGCGAGAUACUGAUAUGGAUCACCACUGUCUUGUUAAACAUGGGAGGGGAAAUGAACAUUCAAAUGGAAGAUUCUCACAGAAUGGCAGCAAUGGUCCACUGUCGGACAAGGAUUCAAGCAGCAAUCAGAGUUCUUACAAUGGUGUUUCUAUGUUUGAUAAGCAGGGAGCUCGUCCUAAAACUGGACUGUAUCGCAAGAAGAGCAGUGGGGUUGGUAAAAACUUUGAGUUGGGAAGCGUCGUUUUGAAUGUUCAGGCAAAUCGCUGCGGAAAUGAAGGUAAAGGAAACAAUGUAGAUGUGAAGUUGAGUGUUGGAGGUUUGAUGGGAGAUGAAAGCGAAUCAGAUUCCAUUGUGCCUUUACAACGGAAAGCAUCUGUCAGAAAUGACAUCUCAGUAAACAUUGUCCCCAGUGGAGGACUGCCACCCAACUCUGAUGUGACUGUCAAUUGCUCUGUUAAUGUACAUUGUCAUUUUACAGGGAUGGAGGAAGACUGUGUGGAAGUUGAGCAAAAUGGAGCAGGAAGUGACACUGACUCCAGGACAAUGCAACAGAAUGGAAUCAUGUCAAGUGCCGAGUUAGAACCUCUAGUAAUACAGAUGACACACCAACCUGAUAUCGAACCUCUAAACAACCCUCGUACACCUCACAUAGCUGAAGUCAUGAUGAAAGAUAGCCUGGCAAGUUUAGAUAGUGAAUCGUCCAACCGAUACCACAAAAGUUCAUCAGAUUCGCUUCAUAGGGAAUCAAAGACGCAACGUAAGGGUAAUUCAGAACAAUCUGCAAAUGGGGACUUAAACAGAGUUGCGAAAGACAAAUUGAAAAAGGAUAAAUUUGAGGAAGUUGUCCUCUUGCCAAAGGAUAGUCAAAUUGUUGAUGUUGUUACAACUCAGAAAUAUCCAGCAUGUGAUGAGAGCGAUAUGAGGUUUCAAUAUAACCUUCCAAGAUCAGUGUCCGAUGGAGCAGCAAUUUUAGCCAGCUACAGAAGUGAUGAAUCUUUUAAAGAAAAAAGUAUGUAUGGACCAGCAAUAGACCGUAGAACAAAACCCAAAUCUGGUUAUGGAGACUAUGCUCAACCUGAAGGAAGUCAAGAUGAUGAUGAAUCACCUCCACCUAUUCCUCCUCGUAUGUCAAUGGUCUUAGAUGAGGAAUCCAAGAAGGCUGAGUGGGAGACAGAACCAACUCAUAUGUGUCUACCUGCUCUUAUGAAUGGUCUGUAUAGUGAUGAUGGAGGAACCAGCGCCUCCUUGCGAAGUAAAUCACUUCCACGCCACUCUUCCCUAAAUGAUGUCUCUCUUGACCCUAGCAUCCCACGCCGUUCAAAGACGGCCCACCUAAAGAACAGAGUGUCUCAGCUCUUUAAGACUCCCCGUCGUAAGUCCUGUGCUUUCCCUGACAGACCCUUACCGGAUGUACCAGGCAACAAAUCGAUAGUCCAAUCACGAGAGAAUCGAAGGAGUAAUGUCCAGAGACCGCAGUCACUCUAUUGCCCUACAGAUGGUAGGAACCAAAUAGUACCUCCACCACCUGCUAGACCUAGUCCUCAAAGACCAUCUGCAGGUCCUAGACUGACACCCCAAAGACCAGGUCAAGAGAACAUGGUCGUGAUUGAGAGAAGAGAGGGCUUUCCUACAAAGGAUGAAGUUGCUAAAUGCCAGGGAAUGUUUGCAUCAAGUUUAAGAAGGAUUAGUGAGGUAAGAUUUGGUCUUGUUUGGUUAUAAUUCAAUUUUUUUAUAGGAAUCUGUAAUCGAUGAUGGAAAGCCAGGUAGUAGUUACAUUUACCCCCUCCCCUAGAAAAAUAUUUGUCAAAGUUUACCCAAACUGAUACCACAUGGACACCAAACCAAACUGCAAUGUUUAUUACUACUGAAUUGUUGGUUUUAAUAAGACUGAGAUGUUACAGGGGAAGGUUUGAAAUAUGUUUUAAAAGAAAUUAUAAGUGCCGUCUAUUCUGUGUGAAUUCUAGUACAGUACAUUCACUUCAAAUUUACAUCAUAUAUUCAACAAGUAAGUAUCCUGCUGCACAAUAGGUGAAAUGUUAAUCACCCGAUGAAACACUUUUCCUUCAAUCACCAAAGAAGAAAAGUUUAAUGUGCUGUCUUGGAUCUGUAUCUUAAAGCUUGUCCAUGUAAGCACUUGAAAACGAGAUUUCAUGUGUGCACUCUUGAGGAGGAAUUUUUUUAAAUUUACACCCUUGGCUUAUACUUCAAUCGGAAUUGUUGCCUAAAUUAACACUUUAUAAAGAAAUGCACAUCUUUUCAUUUUUUACCUUUCUUCAAAUGUAAAUACAGAGUCACUAAUCACUGGUCAUAGACAGUAAAAAGUGAUGUACGUCAAAGUAACAUGAUUUCACCAUACAUGUCCAUAUAUAUUUUUCUCAGCUGUUUUUUUAAUUAUUGCUUCAUGCAAAAUAACUGUUGGUCCCAUCAUUUUCAUAGAGGGUAGAUGAUGUUACUUUUAAUUCUUUAUUUUAAAGUUCGAGCAUAAAAUACCAAUUUAAUAUGAUAUAUUGCACAUUUGUAUAACAAGCAAUGCUAUCCAGCCUCUUUACACCUUUUGGAAUGUUGAAAGAUUGAGAGGAAUAUUUUUGCUCAAGAUUAAUUUUAUUGAAGUGCAGUUUAAUAAUACAUGUACAUCAGGGAAUAAUUUUCCUGGUAUCGCAUCACAAUUUGCUCCACAUUUUUGAAAGACUGCUAUGCAUAUUUCUUUUGUAUAGCACAUUUUUACAUAGGACUGUACAUUAAUAGUUGAGAGCUUUUCUCUUAUGACCAAAAAUGCUAUUCAAAUUUGUAAAACAAAAUUAUUCCCUGUCCAUGUUUUAAAAUGAAGAUCAUUCCAAUAAAAUUUGUCAUCAAUCAUAUUUCCUUGUUUUUCUCAAACCUUAGCAUUAAAGCUGUGUUUAUAAUUUCAUUUUUUUGUUUAAAAUCAUAAAACGAUAUCAACCAUGGGUAAGCAUUAUGAACUUCAAUUAUGGUACAUUGGUAGUGGUGUGCAUCAAUAUAACCUGCUCUUUAACCUUAUUAACUGCGUAAAAAUUCCAAUUAGUCGGCGAGAACAGACGAUUGUUUCAAUUUGCCUCUUGGCAUCUCGUCAGGGCUUUUAAUAAGUUUAAUCACAUCAUGGGAAUGAGAUAGAGCAGUGGGGGUAUUAUGCUUUGCCUUGCUUAUUUGCCAAAGUGUUUACACAUUUAAGUUUACAUCAUGCGGGACUAGUUCUGUUGGGAUUGCUUUGAUUAGAUGUGAGUACCGGUAAUGAUAUGGCCCACUUUUUGAAUCGUACCCUGAGCAGAUGCAUGUUUACAGGUGCAUUGUAUACAUGUACAUUGAUACAUUUGUCAAUUUAGCAUGAAAGUUUUAAAUUAUUAAUGGGGCCUGUAUUUAUGUAUUCUACUCUUGGCAUGAAAUAUGGAAAUUAAAUGGGUUCAAUUAUUGAAUUUAAAUGGAUUCUACAGGUGUGUACAUGUUUUUCUGGAGAAAGAUAUCAGAAUAUAUCAUUCUAUACAUGUUACAAACUGAAGUGAACUCCCACAUACAUGUACUAGGCCUGCAUAUAAAUAGAAACAUGUUCCUAGAGCCGUUGGAUGCACAGCGAUCAUUCUGUUGUUCCUUGCACAGUUUUCAAUUGUUGCUAUUCCUGUGUACUUUGGACCUUGGUAGGCUUGGUUGUAAGAGAUUGUAUUGAAAACAAAGACAACACUUCCAGUAUGCUUUCAAUUUUCUUGAACUUGAACAAAGGAAAGACUGCACCCAUCAUUCCAUUAUGGUCUGACUCUCAUAAUAGUAAUGACACCUUGACUUACUGUUUUUUAGCC